CACCUGAGGCUGAGGCUCCGGACUCCGGUUCCACCUGUUGCUUCGCCUUCGUCCUCGGGAAAACCCUAUUUUUUCGAUUUCGACAAUCAUCUCUCUGUCUCUUCUUCAUCUCCUGAUUUUUCUGAAGAUCUGGAAAAAUCAGCGGCUUUUGUAUCUUAGUUUCUGAUCACCGGUCCGGUAAUUACCGGCGAUGGCUGCCAAAAUUCUUGCCAAUUUGAUUGUCAUGGGCUCUGGUAUUGUAGCCAGAGCUUUUGUUCAGGCAUAUCGUCAGGCGCUUACAAAUGCGUCAAAAACUGGCGUUGCACAUGAAGCAGUGCAGAAUAUUAAGAGAGGGAGCAAAGUUAUGGCUGAACCAGAGGCUAGACAGAUUCUUGGUGUGGCAGAGAAUUCAUCAUGGGAGGAGGUUGUAAAGAAGUAUGACAGCUUAUUCGAGCGGAAUGCACAAAAUGGGAGCUUUUAUCUGCAGUCGAAGGUUCAUAGAGCCAAGGAAUGCUUAGAGGUGGUUUACCUGAAGAGAGCGGAGGAGAAUAAUGGGGCAUAAGUAAAGAGUGGUGACGAAUCUUUCCAAUCUACUUAUCUUGAACUUGGACGGGGGACCAUUCAUCGGAUGCAUUCAUCUUGGGCCUUUUUCCUCGUAAAAUUCUAUCUUUUGGUCCCUCUUUUUCCUGUAUGUAUAGGUUUUGCAGAAUCCUUCGAUAAUUUGCUGGCAAAUCCAGUGAAGGAAAUUAAAUUAGAAAUAUCUUUUUUGAUACCUGAAUCAUGCUACAUUUUGUUUUGAUAUCAUCAUGUCUUUUUCUGGUCAUUAGUAUGGCAGUUGUUUA